GCGGCGCCAUUGUUGUUUUCGGGGACCGUGCAAUGGCGACAUAGGUUUUUUGUUGGGGUGGACUGCAACAACGCGCGCGGCUGUCAUCAAAGUUUUUUGUUGGGGUGGACUGCAACAACGCGCGCGGCUGUCAUCAAAGCCUGCGAUUUUGGAUUUGGACAUCGUUGUACGUACGGAUUGUAGUUGGUUGCGUGUCGAAGUUUCUGCCACCAUUCGAGCUCCAACACAAACACACAGAACCCCCCACAAGCUCACACUCUGUCUCACAAGGGAGAGAGAGAGAGAGAGAGAGAGAGAGAGAGAGAGAGAGAGAGAGAGAGAGAGAGAGAGAGAUGGAUGAGAGGGGCUGGUACACGUGGAGAAGAAUGGCGACUAUCGAACAGAUGAUAUGGCUCGUCCUGGUCGGGAUACUGGCAUCACCUGCGGCUGGUCUCUACGCAGACGAUGGGCUCGUAAAGGUACUGACAGAGAAGGAGUACGUUCAGGACGUUCUCGAAGGUCCAGACAUGUGGCUGGUGGAGUACUUCAAAUCAGAUUGUCAUCUUUGUGUACAGGUGGUCCCAGAAUUUGUUAAAGUAGCUAAUAGCUUGAAGGGCAUUGUGAAGGUUGGCGCAGUGAAUUGUGACACAAACCGAGAUUUGUGCAUUCACGCCAAAAUAAAGCUCUUCAGCUGGGACCGCAAGAAAAAUCCGUACACGGGGAAGUACUACAAGGAUGAGCCAGCAGAUUAUAAUGGAAGAAGCAACUCCAAAGCGAUGACGGAAUUUGCUACAGAUAGCCUUCCAAUGAAGUUCAUUACGCUUGUCUCGUCGGCUGGUCCUUCUGGUUCUGAUGAAGCUGCUGCUUCAGAAGAUGAGCGGAGAAGCGCAUCCGCCUCGGAGUUCCUGAGAAGUAACCCGAGCAUUCCCAAGGUCCUGCUUUUCUCUAAGAAAGAUUCAGUAACCCCGCUUUACAAAGGCCUCUCCUUGAGAUUCAGGGGGCGCAUGGCGUUCGCUCAAGCGUCGUCAUCAGAUGCGGAGCUAGCAGCACAGUUCAAUGUCACCAACUUCCCAACGCUUCUUCUAAUCGAUCAACACGGCGAGAGAUUUUCGUACAAGGGGUCGCUGAAGGCGGUUCUGAUCAGUGAGUUUCUGGAGCCCUUUGCGGCCACUGCAUCUCCUCCCAAGGAUGAUGGUGGUGAAGCAGCAGCAUCUGAUAAGAGCGCAACAGGCGACCAAGGUGCCGGCGGGAAAGGACUCAAGAUGCGGUUCAUCGAACAGCUGAAUGCGUCCCGCUUUCAGAGCAUGCUUGCAAGCGAGGAUGUCUGGUUGGUUGCAUUUGUCGGUGGACCUGGUGGCGUAUGCGAGGAGCGUAAGGAAGAGUGGGAGAAAGCUGCAUUCUCACUGUUUGCUAUGGUUCAUAUUGGAGAGGUGAAUGUGUCCAGCAGCCCAGAAGCCGCAGCGCUUGCGGAGCAAUAUGGUUUGAAGAGCCUUGUCCAAGAUCCCGACGUCUGCCUUGCAGUCCUCUUGUUUCCCUUUGGUGAUGAUAAGCAAGAAUCAGAGCCAGAGUUGUACCGAGGAGCUAUGGAAGCAAAGGAGCUCUCGAAGUUCACAUUGGAAGCAAUUCCAUCAUUCGUACAACAUGUGACAGCGGACUCCAUGCAAGCAUUCGUCAAUGUACAGCCCAAUUUGCCGAAGGUGGUACUUAUUACUACGAAGACUGAAACACCAGCGUUGUUCAAAACCCUGGCCACCAAUUACCGCCUGCAUCUCAUGUUUGCCAGGGUUCACAGCAGUGAGGAAGUGUUGUUAAGAAGGCUUGGAGUUGAGAAAGUGCCACAUGUGCUCGUACUUGUACAAGUCGCCAAUCCAACCACAGGCAGAGUAGAAGUCCAAGCGCAGCACUAUGGUGGGCCCCUCAACUACCCAGGCCUGGCCUACUUCCUUAAUCAAUAUGUGCGGGGAGAUGCGACUGCCCAGGGUGAUGGUUCAUUAUUGGACGGAUCAUCACCAUCAGGUGUAGCUGUGACUGAAAUUGACAACCAAGAGGAAUUCAAGAGCCGCUGCAUUUCAUCAGGAAGGGUCUGUAUGAUUGGGUUCUUCGACGGAGCAGUACCAGAGGUUGAAGAUCACGUAGACCGGUUUUCUCAGUUUGCAAGUGGCAGUGUUGCUCGCCAGUUUGGUCUUGGGUGGGUUGAUGUUUCCAAGUUUGCGUCCGUUGCGCUGAAGUUCGGCAUUGCCAAGAGAGAUGUCCCGACCGCCGUGGUCCUAAGUUCUCAGAAGAUGCGCUUCGCAUUGUUGGCGGAGGAGUAUGGAAUUCAAUCACUAAACAGAUUGCUCUCUGGAGCUCUAUCUGGGAAGAUUCGCACAGUUGUGCUUGAUGACCUGCCAUCAUUUGAGGAGCGCACGCCUGAAGACGAUGUUGGGGAGGAGGUGACAGAGGUUGAGAAGGAGAUAGAAGAGGAGGCCGCUGCAAGAAGAGCAGAGGAAGAGGCUGUGGCAAAGAAAGCGCAGGAAGAAGCAGCAGCACAGAAACGACAAAAGAAGAAGAAGAAGAAGGCAACCAAGACAGCGGCGCCAAAAGACGAGUUGUGAUUGGCGCAAUUUAGAAGAGGGGGGGGGGGGAAUGAAACGCUGUUUGUGGCACAGCAACACCUGUCGUCAAACAGGACGCGGAAAGCUGCAAAAUUUUUGGACGAAGGGUUAGGAGUCUUAGGACCAUCAGCUAAGAUCAUCACAUAAGCUGGAAAGGGUAGGCGGUGGCAGCGGGGGUACCUUCAUCUCAAUUUGUCGUCCUCCUGUGUGUGAAGUGAGUGUGUUCUUGCAUGACUACUGUCUUUCUGAUGUCCACAAUAAAGCUAACAGUUUUUGUCAGAGUUGUGUGUAUCCCACAGAUCGCUGAGACAUUUGUUACGCACGGAAGAGGAGAGGAGUUAUCAUCUGUAAAUCAAUAUUUGGUCUACAA